AUGGACUCCAACGGGAACAGCCCGACCGAGCAGCACUCGCCGCCAGACGAGCCGCAAGCUCCCCGGGCCUACCAUUCAAAGCGUCCGCAUCGCAAAUCCCGGACGGGGUGCAGGACUUGCAAGACGCGCAAGGUCAAGUGCGACGAGGGCCGUCCCUCGUGCCGCAACUGCACCCUUCGGCAGACCACAUGCGUCUACGUAACCACGCGUCCCGCCGCCAACAGCCGGUCUCCCGCAGCCAACAGCCACUCGUCCCCCGAACCAACAACCGCCAGCCGGACGUCGCGGAAAAAGUCGUCUUCCACCCAGAAUGGCAGUCCCAGCAGCCGGGACUACUCUAAUGGGACGCCAACCGCCACCGAAGAAGACCCUACCUCCCCGCCCCCGAUCGCCGCCUCGGUCGAGCCCCACGACACCCAGUUCUUCAACACCGGGUUCGAUGGCGAAGACAUGAAGCUCAUGUGGUGGUACUCGACGUACGGCUACCUGAGUUUCUCCACCGGCCCUCUGGGCCAGCCCGCCUCCGUCAACAGGGUCUUGCAGAUCGACAUCCCCCAGCUGGCCUUCCAGCCCCAGAACCGCUUCCUCAUGGAUAUGGUCCUGAGCUUGUCUGCCUGCCACAUGGCGACGAUGCAGCAGGACAUGUCCAUCCAGCGCGCUGCCGCGUACCGCGGCCGGGCCUUCAACAGUUAUAAGCGAGCUGUGAUGGAGAUGAAGCCGGAAACGCGACCCGCCAUCCUCGCAGCCUCCCUCUUCCUCACGGCGGUGGAGACGCAAGCGUUUCGGGAACCGAAUACCCCGCCGCUGUACAUCAUCAACUGGAUAUCCAUCUGGAGGGGCAUCGGCGACGUCUUCUUCCGCCCCGUGCUGAACCUGGCAGCGGCGUCCGAUUUCAUCCCCGAAGAGCUUUCGCAGCUCAUCGCCUCCAUCCCCAAGGGACACCCCGAGUACCCCAUCAAGGAAUACCACGAGCUGACGCUCAAAUUCCUGGGCGCGCUUCACGCAGAACUCCUCAACGGCCUCGCGCCCAUCACCCAGAUCCUCAUCACCACGUGGUCCACCUAUCUGCCGCAACCCACGGUCAACGCCAUGAGACAGAGGCAACCCUACUCCCUCAUCAUCCUCGCGCACUACCUCCCCUUCCUCAGGCUCGUCGACUCGUGGUGGCUAGAAGGCAUCACCAGCCACGAGAUUCCCGGCAUCAUCCAGACCCUGGGCCCAGAUUGGGCCAAUCACCCUGCCCUCGACGUCCCGAUCCUAUCCCUGCAAGUCACCGAUAAGCUCCAGCUGGCCAAACUCUUGCUACGGGACGGGACGUAUGACUUCCCGCCCCUGCCAACGGUGGUCCAGCGCGGCGGCGAAGUGGUCGGCUUCAGUUCCCUGAUGAGCCUUAAGACGCUACCGCAGAGACCAAAAACACCGUCGUUGGGACCGGGGUUGCUCGAUCCGCAGGCCUAUCCGUCCGGACCUCAAGUGGGACAGUGA